GACGGUUGCUAUAGCGAGUGUGUACGCCACGAUGAAAUCGCUGUUUAAAUUGUUGGAAUCACAGUCGAAUUCUCUGGAAUCAAUCGUGCUCAUACACGUAUGCCUCAGUUCAGAUGAUUUAACCGUUGAAACAAUCAAGUUUCCUCAAUUGACAAGCAUCUACUUAAAUAGAUGUCACAUAACUGGAAGGCUAGAAUCAAUGCUCGAGGCUGACUUACCAAAGUUACGACAACUCAAGUUGAAAAAUACUCGGUGGCAAAGC